UAAAACAAUAUGCUUAAAGUACUAAAGAAAGGUUUCUCCAAAGAUUUUAUCUGUAAGUUUGCAGCAGAACAACCGUUAUCAGGUGAAACACCGGAGCUACAUGUGAGAACCGCGCCAUUCCUGUUCAUAUAUUAUAAGAGAUGCUCAGCCUAAUAGUCUCGGUGGUUAUCCUAUCAGGAGUCUUUGAGAAUGCUUUUGCAUAUCGGAGAGUAUGUUACUAUACAAACUGGUCACAAUACAGAAAUAGUCUUGGCAAAUUCUAUCCCGAAAACGUGGACCCCAACCUCUGUACCCAUGUUAUCUACGCCUUUGCUAAAAUGAAUGGCAACCGUUUGGCGCCUUUUGAGUGGAAUGAUAAGAGUACUCCAUGGAUGAAGGGAAUGUACGAACGAUUUCAGUCUCUCAAGCAACAGAAUCCUUCCCUAAAAACCCUUCUUGCCGUCGGUGGAUGGAACAUGGGAUCCGCUCCAUUCACCAGGAUGGUAGCCACCGACGCUAGCAGGCGGGAGUUUGCUACCACAUCUGUCCAGUUCCUGCAGAAACAUGGUUUCGACGGUCUAGAUAUGGACUGGGAAUAUCCCGCCAACAGAGGAAGUCCCCCACAGGACAAACAAAACUUUGUGGAACUUCUAAAGGUCCUGCGAAGCACUUUGGCUGGCCAAGGUCUGAUGCUCUCAGCUGCAGUCCCCCCCGGCAAAACAAACAUCGACACGGGAUACGACGUCCCUGCAAUGUCACAGUAUGUUGAUAUGAUCAAUUUGAUGACAUACGAUUUCCAUGGAGGGAGUUUCGACAGCAAAACUGGACCCAAUAGCCCAUUAAAAGGACAUCCACAGGAAACCGGAAGUGAUGCAUACUUUAAUGUGGAAUGGGUAGUAAAUUAUUGGCUUCAAAAGGGGGCACCUGCUGCCAAAAUAAAUCUUGGGAUGCCUCUGUAUGGGCGUUCGUUUACGCUGGCCAGUACCAGCAACGCCGGACUGUUUGCUCCAGAUAGAGGGGCCGGGGGGCAGAAGGGGACUUAUACCAUGGAGGCGGGAUUCCUCUCUUAUACCGAGGUUUGUGAUAUGCUAAAGAGCGGCGGGACUCGCCACUGGAUUCCGGAAAUGGAGGUUCCAUACGCGGUGAGGGGAGAUCAGUGGGUGGGGUACGACGACGAACAGAGCCUCCGACUCAAGGUGGACUUUGCCAAAUCUAAAGGUUUGGGAGGUAUAAUGGUAUGGGCGCUAGAUCUUGAUGACUUCACCGGUAAAGGUUGUGGUAAGGGACCAUACCCGCUACUCCACGCAAUCAAUGAUGAACUCAACUCGAACACUCCUCAAACGACUACGCAAGCUCCCAUAACAACAGCUUAUCGGACCACUCAGAGACCUUACCACCCCACUACUCACGUUAAUCCCUUUAAUCCGUUUAAUCCAAGCACAGCAUCCCCAACCCACCACAUCUCUACUGGUCAGUCCUUCAGCUGUACCGGCAGAGUAAGCGGAUUCUACGCCGACCCCUCGUCCUGCAUCCACUACUUCAUCUGUGUUGGUGGCAGGAGCUUUGGAGUAGACUGUGCCACGGGUCUACACUUCAAUGCUGCCUCUAAGUACUGCGAUUGGCCGCAAAAUGCACGUUGCCAGGUCCAUCAGCAGUCUGUGGUGACCCCUGCCAGAACGACCCACGCUCCGAUCACCCGUCCCCCCAUAUACACCACUCGCCCUUACUUCUACUUUACCACGCAGCGACCGGUACCCACAACGCAAGCUCAUCAGAUUCCCAAUAUGGGUGCGGGCGCCAAUGCCUUUUGCCAACACAAGGCGGACAGUCUGUACAGCGACCCUAAAGACUGCGGCAUGUUUUACCAGUGUGACAUGAAUCUGGGUUUCCAUGAGCCCUGUCCACCGGGCCUAGCGUUCAACGAGCCCAUGGCGGAGUGCGACUACCCCUACAAAGUCCCACAAUGCACUCACUACCACCACCCAAUGUUAAAACUUUUGCUCCCGUUGCUUGCCUUGGCGUUUCAAAGUGCCCAAGGAUAUCGACGGGUAUGUUACUACACUAACUGGGCUCAGUAUAGAAACGGACCCGCCAAGUUCUACCCAGAAAAUGUCGACCCGACUCUGUGUACACACAUCAUUUAUGCCUUUGCUAAAAUGAAUGGCAACCAUUUGGCACCUUUCGAGUGGAACGACGAGAGUACUCCAUGGAUGAAGGGGAUGUACGAACGUUUUACCAAACUGAAGCAACAGAAUCCUUCCCUGAAAACCCUUCUGGCCGUCGGUGGAUGGAACAUGGGAUCCGCUCCUUUCACCAGAAUGGUGGCCACCGACGCUGGCAGGCGGGAUUUUGCCACCACAUCUUUACAAUUUCUAAAGAAGCACGGCUUCGAUGGUCUAGACAUCGACUGGGAAUACCCAGCCAACAGAGGGAGUCCAGCGGGGGACAGAGACCGCUUUACACAGCUUGUCAAGAUUCUCCAUGAGACAUUGUCACCGGAAGGUCUUAUGUUGACAGCUGCUGUUCCCGCUGGAAAAACAAACAUUGACACAGGAUAUGACGUCCCUGCAAUGUCACAGUAUCUAGAUGAAAUUAACCUAAUGACGUACGACUUGCACGGUGGUGGCUGGGAGGAUAAAACCGGACACAACUCUCCCCUGAAAUCUCACCCUUCAGAGACCGGAAAUGAGACCUAUCUCAAUGUUGAAUGGGCGGUGAACUACUGGCUUCAGAAGGGGGCACCUGCUGAAAAGCUGAACGUAGGAAUGCCUCUGUAUGGACGUAGCUUUACCCUUGCUAGCUCUAGCAACAAUGGGCUGUCUGCCCCUGACAGAGGGAAUGGUGGACAAGCUGGCAGAUACACCAGAGAGGCCGGGUUCCUCGCUUACUACGAGAUUUGUGAUAUGUUGAAAACUGGAGGAACUCGCCACUGGAUUCCUGAAAUGGAGGUUCCUUAUGUGGUGAAAGGCGACCAGUGGGUCGGCUACGAUGACCCACAAAGCUUGAAAUUCAAGGUGGAUUUUGUCAAAAGUAAGGGUGUCGGUGGAGUCAUGGUCUGGGCCCUGGAUCUUGAUGACUUUAGUGGAAGUUGUGGAGAAGGAAAAUAUCCUCUUCUACGUGCGAUCAAUGAUGAGCUGGCAUCGGGCCAAGUUCAGCAGAUGACAAAUGCCCCCACCACUGCUGCUCCAACUACCACAACCACCCAGAGACCCAACCAUCAGACCAACCACCCCAAUAACCACCCAACGGGGGCACCUACCACCACUACGACUUCAUCAUCCAUAAAAACUACUCAUCACAUCGGAUCGACCAACCGAUUUAAUUGUAUCGGCAAAACUAGUGGUUUCUAUGCUGAUCCUAACUCCUGCACACAGUACUUUAUCUGUGCUGGUACCCAAAGUUUCGAGGUCUCUUGCGCCUCCGGACUCUUGUUCAAUGACGCAACCAAAUUCUGUGACUGGCCAUACAACGUCCGAUGCAAUGCGCAGCAAAUUGCGCAUCAGACAACAACACGUGCUCCAGUGCCGACCAAUCCUCCACAAACGACGCAUGCGCAUGGAACACAGCACGUGACAACAACAACUACACAGGCCCCAUACAUUCCAAACCUUGGGGGAGAUGCUAACAGCUUCUGUAGGAACCGAGCUGAUGGUCACUACAGGGACCCUGCAAACUGUGGCAUGUUCUACCAGUGCGCCAUGAACCUUGGCUUCCACGAGCCCUGUCCCCCGGGCACUGUCUUCAAUGAGGCCAUCAUAGCCUGUGAUUUCCCCUUCCGUGUCGCUGCUUGCCAAAACUAUUCACCAUACAAACUUCUUAUUCUAGGCAAUAACUAUCGACGAGUGUGUUAUUACACAAACUGGUCACAGUACAGAAAUGGACCCGCCAAGUUCUUCCCCGAAAACGUGGACCCCACCCUGUGUACCCACCUGAUCUACGCCUUUGCCAAACUGAACGGUAACAAGCUGGCAGCGUUCGAGUGGAACGACGAGAGUACUCCAUGGAUGAAGGGGAUGUAUGAACGUUUCAACAAGCUAAAACAAACGAAUCCUUCUCUGAAGACCCUUCUAGCUGUGGGAGGCUGGAAUCUAGGAUCCGCCCCAUUCACCAGGAUGGUAGCCACCGACGCUAGCAGGCGGGAGUUUGCUACCACCACUGUCCAGUUCCUGAAAAAGAACGGAUUUGACGGUCUGGAUGUGGACUGGGAAUACCCCGCCAACAGAGGCAGUCCCCCAGAGGAUAGGGACCGCUACACUCAGCUUUUGAAGGUUCUACACGAGGCAUUUGCGCCGGAAGGACUAAUGCUAACAACUGCUGUUUCAGCCGGAAAAUUCACCAUUGAUUCCGCUUAUGACAUUCCUGCUAUUUCUCAAUAUGUAGAUGAAAUCAACCUGAUGACGUAUGAUAUGCACGGCGGAAGUUUCGAUGACAAAACCGGACAUAAUGCUCCGUUGAAGGCCAGUCCAACAGCCACCGGAAAUGAUACCUAUCUUAAUGACGAAUGGGCGGUGAACUACUGGCUACAGAAGGGGGCACCUGCUGAAAAGCUGAACGUUGGAAUGCCUCUCUAUGGACGUAGCUUUACCCUUGCUAGCCCUAGCAACAAUGGGUUGUCUGCCCCUGACAGAGGGAAUGGUGGACAAGCUGGAAGAUACACCAAUGAAGCUGGGUUCCUUGCUUACUACGAGAUUUGUGAUAUGUUAAAAACUGGAGGAACUCGCCACUGGAUUCCUGAGAUGGAGGUUCCUUAUGUGGUUAAACGUGACCAGUGGGUCGGAUACGACGAUCCGGAAAGUCUGAAACGCAAGGUGAACUUUGCCAAAAGUAAGGGUGUCGGUGGAGUCAUGGUCUGGGCCCUGGAUCUUGAUGACUUCAGUGGAAGUUGUGGAGAUGGAAAAUAUCCUCUUCUACGUGCCAUCAACCAGGAGCUAGAGUCUCCAACUAUCCAACAAUUAACUACGGCAUCCCCAGCUAAUCCCCCCAGCGCUCCUGUCAACAAUCCUCAACAACAAACCUCGCCUCCAGCCAGUAGCAACGCAGUUGCACCACUAAACUCUGGCAAUAACUAUCGACGAGUGUGUUAUUACACAAACUGGUCACAGUACAGAAAUGGACCCGCCAAGUUCUUCCCCGAAAACGUGGACCCCACCCUUUGUACCCACCUGAUCUACGCCUUUGCCAAACUGAACGGUAACAAGCUGGCAGCGUUCGAGUGGAACGACGAGAGUACACCAUGGAUGAAGGGAAUGUAUGAACGUUUUAACAAGCUAAAACAAACGAAUCCUUCUCUGAAGACCCUUCUAGCUGUGGGAGGCUGGAAUCUAGGAUCCGCCCCAUUCACCAGGAUGGUAGCCACCGACGCUAGCAGGCGGGAGUUUGCUACCACCACUGUCCAGUUCCUGAAAAAGAACGGUUUUGAUGGUCUGGACGUAGACUGGGAAUACCCCGCCAACAGAGGGAGUCCCCCAGAGGAUAGGGACCGCUUUACCCAGCUUUUGAAGGUUCUGCACGAGGCAUUUGCACCGGAAGGACUAAUGCUAACAACUGCUGUUUCAGCCGGAAAAUUCACCAUUGAUUCCGCUUAUGACAUCCCUGCUAUUUCUCAAUAUGUGGAUGAAAUCAACCUGAUGACGUAUGAUAUGCACGGCGGAAGUUUCGAUGACAAAACCGGACAUAAUGCUCCGUUGAAGGCCAGUCCAACAGCCACCGGAAAUGAUACCUAUUUGAAUGACGAAUGGGCGGUGAAUUACUGGCUACAGAAGGGGGCACCUGCUGAAAAACUGAACGUAGGAAUGCCUCUGUAUGGACGUAGCUUUACCCUUGCUAGCCCUAGCAAUAAUGGACUGUCUGCCCCUGACAGAGGCAAUGGUGGACAAGCUGGGAGAUACACAAAUGAAGCUGGGUUCCUUGCUUACUACGAGAUUUGUGAUAUGUUAAAAACUGGAGGAACUCGCCACUGGAUUCCCGAGAUGGAGGUUCCUUAUGUGGUUAAACGUGACCAGUGGGUCGGAUACGAUGAUCCGGAAAGUCUGAAACGCAAGGUGGACUUUGUCAAAAGUAAGGGUGUCGGUGGAGUCAUGGUCUGGGCCCUGGAUCUUGAUGACUUCAGUGGAAGUUGUGGAGAUGGAAAAUAUCCUCUUCUACGUGCGAUUAACCAGGAGUUAGCGGCUCCAACUACCCUACAACUGAGUACGGGAUCCCCAGCUAAUUCCCCCAGCGCACCUGGCAACAAUCCUCAACAACAGACCUCGCCGCCUGCCAGUAGCAACGCAGUUGCACCACUAAACUCUGGCAAUAACUAUCGACGAGUGUGUUAUUACACAAACUGGUCACAGUACAGAAAUGGACCCGCCAAGUUCUUCCCCGAAAACGUGGACCCCAACCUCUGUACCCACCUGAUCUACGCCUUUGCCAAACUGAACGGUAACAAGCUGGCAGCGUUCGAGUGGAACGACGAGAGUACACCAUGGAUGAAGGGAAUGUAUGAACGUUUCAACAAUCUGAAACAACAGAAUCCUGCUCUGAAGACCCUUCUAGCUGUGGGAGGCUGGAAUCUAGGGUCCGCCCCAUUCACCAGGAUGGUAGCCACCGACGCUAGCAGGCGGGAGUUUGCUACCACCACUGUCCAGUUCCUGAAAAAGAACGGAUUUGACGGUCUGGACGUAGACUGGGAGUACCCCGCCAACAGAGGCAGUCCCCCAGAGGAUAGGGACCGCUUCUCUCAGCUUUUGAAGGUUCUACACGAAGCUUUCGCACCGGAAGGACUUAUUUUAACAACUGCUGUUUCAGCCGGAAAAUUCACCAUCGAUUCUGCCUAUGACGUACCUGCUAUUUCUCAAUAUGUGGAUGAAAUCAACUUGAUGGCGUAUGAUAUGCACGGCGGAAGUUUCGAUGACAAAACCGGACAUAAUGCUCCUUUGAAGGCCAGUUCAACGGCCACCGGAAAUGAUACCUAUCUGAAUGACGAAUGGGCUGUGAACUACUGGCUUCAGAAGGGGGCACCUGCUGAAAAGCUGAACGUAGGAAUGCCUCUGUAUGGACGUAGCUUCACGCUAGCUAGCCCUAGUAACAAUGGAUUGUCUGCCCCUGACAGAGGGAAUGGUGGACAGGCAGGCAGAUACACCAAUGAAGCUGGGUUCCUCGCUUACUACGAGAUCUGUGAAAUGUUAAAAACUGGAGGAACUCGCCACUGGAUUCCCGAUAUGGAGGUUCCUUAUGUGGUUAAACGUGACCAGUGGGUCGGAUAUGAUGAUCCUGAAAGCCUGAAACGCAAGGUGGACUUUGCCAAAAGUAAGGGUGUCGGUGGAGUCAUGGUCUGGGCCCUGGAUCUUGAUGAUUUCAGUGGAAGUUGUGGAGAUGGAAAAUAUCCUCUUCUUCGUGCCAUCAACCAGGAGCUAGCGGCUCCAACCAUCCAACAACCGACAAAUGCCCAAAUUACGGGAUCCCCCGGUAAUUCCCCCAGCACUUCUGGCAACAAUCCUCAACAACAGACCUCCACGCCUGCCAAUAGCAACUCGGUUGCGCAACAAAGCUGUGGAGGUAAUACUAGUAAACGACGAGUGUGUUAUUACACAAACUGGGCACAAUACAGAACUGCCCCGGCCAAGUUCUUCCCCGAAAACGUGGACCCCUCUCUCUGUACCCAUAUUAUAUUUGCUUUUGCCAAACUGAACGGUAACAGGUUGGCAGCUUACGAGUGGAACGACGAAACAACAGGGUCAACUAAGGGAAUGUAUGAACGUAUUAAUGAUUUAAAACAACAGAAUCCUUCUCUGAAGACCCUUCUAGCCGUGGGAGGUUGGAAAUUGGGGACCUCUCCAUUUUCUAACAUGGUAGCCACCGACGCUAGCAGGCGGGAGUUUGCUACCACCACUGUCCAGUUCCUGAAAAAGAACGGUUUUGACGGUCUGGACGUGGACUGGGAAUACCCCGCCAACAGAGGGAGUCCAGCAGUGGACAAAGACCGCUUCACACAGCUUCUGAAGGUUUUACACGAAACAUUUGCACCUGAGGGUCUGCUAUUGACAGUUGCAGUUGCGGCUGGAAAAUCCACCAUCGACUCCGCUUAUGAUAUACCUGGCAUUUCUAAGUAUGUCGAUGGAAUUAACAUGAUGGCGUAUGAUUUGCAUGGUGCUUAUGAGACCAAAACCGGCCCAAAUGCUCCGCUGAAAGGCCAUCCCUCUGAGACCGGAGCUGACCGGUACAUGAAUGACGAGUGGGCAGUGAACUACUGGAUACAAAAGGGGGCACCUCCUGAAAAAAUAAACUUGGGCAUGCCUCUAUAUGGACGCACCUUUACCCUUGCUAACCCAAGCAACAAUGGAUUGUUCGCCCCUGACAGUGGUAAUGGUGGAGUAGCUGGCAGAUACACAGGGGAAUCAGGGAUCCUUGCUUACUACGAGGUUUGUGAUAUGUUGAAAAAUGGGGGUGUUCGCCAUUGGAUUCCUGAGAUGGAGGUCCCUUACCUUGUCAAAGGUAACCAGUGGGUCAGUUACGACGAUAUAGAAAGCCUGAAACGCAAGGUUGACUUCGUCAAUAGUAAAGGUCUCGGUGGCACCAUGGUAUGGACCCUGGACCUUGAUGAUUUCACCGGGAGUUGUGGGGAUGGAAAAUAUCCUCUUCUACGUGCCAUCAACCAGGAGCUAGGGCCUUGUAGUACACCAAAGACGACAAAUGUACCCACCACUACUGCUCCAACCAUGGCACCAUCAACUCCACCCACCCAGACACCUACCAUGGCACCAUCAACAACAACCACCAAGGGACCACAACAACAGACCACUCAACCCAAUAACCCUCCUACCAUGGCACCAUCUACCACAACCACCCAGGGACCCCCAAAACAAACCACUCACCCCAAUAACCCUCCUACCAUGGCACCAUCUACCACAACCACCCAGGGACCCCCAAAACCAACCACUCAUCCCACUAACCCCCCUACCAUGGCACCUUCCACCACUACAACUUCAUCACCAAUCAAAACCACUCACCAUAUUGGAUCGACUAGCCGAUUUGACUGUACUGGCAAAACUAGUGGUUUCUAUGCUGACCCUAACUCUUGCACUGACUACUUUAUUUGUGCUGGUACCCAAAGUUUCGAAGUUUCUUGCGCCAAUGGCCUUUUGUUCAAUAAAGCAACCAGUUUCUGUGAUUAUGCUAGCAACGUGCAGUGCAAUGUUCAACCACAAAUACAACAAACAACCAAUGGACCACCCCUAACCAAACCACCUCAGACGACGCAUGCUCAUGGAACACAGCACGUGACUACAACAACCACACCAGCCCCAUCUUCGACUCGAUCUUCAACGACUACAAAAAUCCCUAUGACAACAACAACCCAGCCAACUACAACAACAACAACCCAGCCAACUACAACAACAACCCAGCCAACUACAACAACAACAACCCAGCCAACUACAACAACAACCCAGCCAACUACAACUACUACUAAACUGACGACGACAACAACCAAGGCAACAACUACCACCACCAAAGCGAGUCACUCACAUAUAAGUCAGGAUCCAAAUGUCUUCUGUCAGACGCAUUCAGACGGCCAUCACAGAGAUCCAGACGACUGCGGAAAGUUCUACCUGUGUGCCAACAAGGGUGGCUUCAUGGAAAGCUGCAACUUUGGCACGGUGUUUAACCCUACCAUCCUCAACUGUGACUAUCCAUACAACGUGGAUGGCUGCCAUAAUUAUACACCUUAGACAUCACAUAUCUUUUUUUUUUUAGAAAUGAUAUUAGUUUUGAACUGGGUUAAUUCUGCUUUAUAUAGCUAGCUUCUCCAUCCGAUUUUUCCGUCCACUAAGACUAAACCUGAAAUCAAUUCCUUACUUUUGUUGUAGAAAACUAAGUACUAGUAAUAGUACUAUAGGGAGAUGCUUUAGCGACCAUAUAGAAUUUAGUGAUGCAAUUUGUUUUGAAAUAAAACUUAACUGCAAAAUA